AUGCGUUUCACUGUCCUGACGCUGUUCCCGGAAUCGUUCCGGAUGAUGGAAGAAUACAGUGUGCUGGGCAGGGCGCUCCGCAGCGGACUGAUCGAACUGGAAACAGUUGACAUCCGGCAGUUCGCGACCGACCGGCACGGCACCGCCGACGACUACCAGUUCGGCGGGGGGCCGGGCAUGGUAAUGAAACCCGAGCCGGUGUUCGCCGCGGUGGAAUCCGCGUUAGCGCGUGUCCCAGUCGAGGAACGGUCCGCGACGCCCGUGGCCCUCACCUCGCCACAGGGAGACAACCUGGACCAAAACCUGGUGAACGAGUUUGCCAGCGCGCCGGGCAUGAUCGUCAUUUGCGGGCACUACGCGGGUGUUGACGAGCGCAUACGACAGGGCUUGAUCACCCACGAAAUUUCCAUCGGUGACUACGUGCUCACGGGCGGAGAACUGGCGGCCAUGGUGAUCAUCGACGCGAUCUCCCGCUUUGUGCCGGACGUCAUCGGCUCAGCAGAGAACGUGGAGCACGACAGCAUCACCUCGGGUUUGCUACAGCACCCGCUGUACACCCGACCCGCCGCGUUCCGAGGGAUGGGCGUGCCGGAGGUACUGACAUCAGGCAACCACGCCGACAUCGAACGUUGGCGACGCCGGCAAUCGCUGGAAAGGACAUUGCGCCUCCGGCCCGAUUUGCUGGAUACCGCGCCGCUGACCAAUUCCGACCGUGUCUUCCUGGCCAGCCUGGGAUGGAGCGGCGACGGCGAUUGA